AAAAGAAUCUCGCCUCAAGUAGAUUAUAGAUGUAUUUGUUGUUUUGUACACUGGAAGUUCUAUAAAUUCGCCUUAGUGUUCAUGCUAGGCCACACUGCACUGUCCGACAGAGAAGAAGUCAUCAGAUAUUUUUCAGUUCUGGUAUCAAGAUGAAGAUUAUUAACAUUACCCUAUUCGUCCUGGUAUCAUGUGUGUUCUCUACUCAUGCAUACACAAUUAGUAACCACGUAGCUGUGGAGUACCAUAUUGUCGCUGGAAGCUAUACUUGGGAUGAAGCAAUAGCUGAAUGUGCUAGUCUUGGAGGAACCUUGGCACGAAUUCCCGACAAACGCACAGAUGAUUUUAUCACACAAUACAUAAGAGACAGUGGCUUAGGUGAUCAGGUUGAUACUGGAUUUUGGAUUGGCCUGAACGAUAGAAAUGAAGAGGACAACUUUAAAUGGAUUAAUGGUGGAGAGGUGUGUUACACAAACUGGGGUGAAGGGGAACCAGAUAACAACACUAAUAAAAACCCGCAGGGUCAGGACUGUGGUCAACUGAGAAAAACAACAGACUUUAAAUGGGAUGAUGAAUAUUGCACUGGUGUUGAUAUCAGAGAGAAGGGUUUCAUUUGUGAAGUACAAGGUAUGUUAGUCUGUUCUAAAUGCCCAGAACCAUGAAUACAAUCGACGCAUUGUUGUAGUUCGGUGGCCAUGGGGCUACAUAUUUUUUGUAGAUCUAAUUUCUGUAUUUGCAUGCUAAACUAAUACAAUAAAGCUGAUAUGGACGUAUAA